AGGGAGGCUGAGAGGAGCAGGCGGUGUCUGCCCUCGCCCCGCGGGCAGCUGAUGGAGGCGCGGGGUGGGCGCCCGGAGCGGGCACCGAGGCGGAGCAGCGGGGCGGCUCCCCGGCGGGGCAGCUGCUGAUUGCCCGGCCCAGCGCACGCCCUCUACAAUUCAGAUCUCCGCUCCUAAUGAAAGAAGAUUGUGAGGAUGGAUUACUGCAGCCAGUCAUCCCUAGUCCCCUGUGGAAAAGACAAAUACAUUUCAAAAAACGAACUGCUGUUGCACUUGAAGACCUACAACUUGUAUUAUGAAGGUCAGAAUUUGCAGCUCCGGUACAGAGAGGAGGAAGGCGAGUUCAUCGUCGAGGGUUUGCUGAACAUCUCCUGGGGCUUGCGCAGGCCCAUCCGGCUGCAGAUGCAGGAUGACAACCAGCGGAUCCGGCCUCCUCCUUCCUCCUCCUCUUGGCACUCUGGCUGCAACCUGGGUGCACAGGGGUCUGCAGUGAAGCCAAGUAUCAUACCUGAUAUUCAGAUUACAGAUGUUGACACCCCCACGGAUGCUGAUGACUCAGAGAGUGGAACAGAUGUUGGAAACUUAAAACCCCAGCAAGAGGAAACUCCACAGCUGAUGCGGACUCGGAGUGACGUGGGAGUCCGUCGCAGGGGGAAUUUCCGUACUCCAAGUGAACAGCGGCGGAUCAAACGCCAUCGGUUUUCCAUCAAUGGGCAUUUCUACAAUCACAAAACAUCUGUGUUCACACCAGCCUAUGGCUCAGUCACUAAUGUCAGGAUAAACAGCACAAUGACCACUUCUCAAGCUCUCAAACUGCUGCUCAAUAAAUUUAAGAUUGAAAACUCGGCUGACGAAUUUGCAUUGUAUAUUGUCCACACCAGCGGAGAAAAACAGAAAUUGAAGGCUACAGAUUAUCCACUGAUUGCCCGCAUUCUGCAAGGGCCGUGUGAACAGGUCUCCAAGGUCUUCCUGAUGGAGAAGGACCAAGUUGAAGAAGUCACCUAUGAUGUUGCUCAGUACAUCAAAUUUGAAAUGCCAGUUCUUAAAAGCUUCAUCCAGAAGCUCCAAGAAGAAGAAGACCGUGAAGUGAAGAAACUUAUGCACAAAUACACAGUCCUCCGGUUAAUGAUAGAACGAAGACUAGAAGAGAUUUCCGAGAGCCCGGCAAUGAUCUGAAGUUCUCCUCAGCGCUGUGCUUCAGCCUUGUAUCGGCGAUCGGUCUCUCUAAGAAUCCCUGUUUACAUGAAGAACAGAAUGAAAAGAAGAUGCACUCCAUCCUGGGAACCAAACCUGAAUGCAAAACCCUGUGGAGAUUGAAUGUGUGUCCUGUACCUGCUCAGCAGACAUGGAUGUGUGAGAGUCAAUGGACUCCUUCUGCAGAAGGAAAAUCUUCCAUUAAUUUUCUUUUUCCCCCUCUCAAAGGAAAUGAUUUACAGAAUGCAAGCCCAGCACUCACAAAGAGGAGAGUUAACCUUGCUGGCCUGGGAUAUGCCCACCAAGGCUGGUGUGGCAUGCCUGUGCGCCUUGACCUGCAGUGUCUGUACUGAAGAAGCAGUUGCAUUGAGAGGAGUGGAUCAUGCUCCUUUGCGUCUCGCCUACUGCCUUUCUGAGAUGCUUAUCCAUGCUUGAGUGCUGAUGUUACUGUACAUCUGUUCUCAUGUCUGUACGCAAAGGAGAGAACAAAACUCUUGCUCACUAAAGCUAGUAAACCAGCUUCUGCCGUGCCCGCACACUUAGAAAAUACUAGUCCGGGUAAAUGCUCCAGACCAAUCCCAGUACUGGUAGCCACUUUGCUGCAAUAACUCCUGCCAACUUCCGCUCGUGCCAGAAUGUUGUGCGUUAUGUAGUGUGUUUUGAUGGCAAGAUAUAUGUUAUGUGUAGCUUUUUUCCCAUACAGGACAGUCCUCUUUGUUCUUUGUUUUUCCUGUUCAGAGGGUUCUCAGAGUGCAGCCACAAAAGAUAUACUUUUUCCCCCCCCUGCAUGGUACGGGUGGGAGAUCCAUCUUGUUGUUGCCUGGUGCUCGACCCUUCCUGCCUCGUUCUGCCCCUAUUGCUUCCCUGACUGAUGCUUGGUGCCUCGCUUUCAUGUGUGGGGUCACCAAAAGUAUGUCUGCACUGCAGCUAGAGGUGUCAUUCCCAGCUCGGGGAGAUGUACAUGUGCUAGAUUUGAUUGAGCUAGCAUGCCAAAAGUAGCAGCAGAGGUAGCAGGCCAUGCUAGCCACCUGAGUACAAUCCCAUCCAAGACCCUAGGUAAGGACUCGGUUCUGCUAGCUCAUGCCACCGCUUGUACCACUGUAGCUGCACCAUUCUAUUUAUUGCACUAGCUUGAUCAGAGCUAGCGUGUGUACAUCUGCCUGAGCUGGAAAUCAGUGUAUAUCUUCCCAAAGUGAGGAGGAGAUGGAAGAAUAGCAUGAGCAGGAAGUGGAGCCCCCAGAGGGCUUGUGGGAGACAGACAGCAGCUGGAAAGGAAGAGAUGCACCUGCCUAGGUUGGGAGCCUUGACAGCUGUAUCCUCCAACAUAAAUGCUGGCACGAGAUCUCUUGGGAGGACUGACGAGGUGGGGGCAGAUGUUCCGGAAGUUGUUACAAUUAUAACCAUCACCUGUUGGUGCUUUGGGCAGCUCUGUCCUUGAAAGCUUGGAGUCUGUGGGUCAUGGUGUGGAGUUAGACCAGGGCAGCUUCUGGGGGUGGGGGCAGAGGAGUGUUAAGUGACUGGUUUCUAGAAUGAGGCUUGUGGGCCUGAUCCUGCAAGGUGCAAAGUUCUCUCAACAUGUGAUAGGCCUGAUUCUCCCCUCUCUGGUGUAAAUCAGGAGUAACUCUGAAGUCAGUGGAGCCCUGCUUCAGUAGCCGUUGGUUGGUAGGUUUGGUGUAUGGGUGGUGUUGGUGGCCUGAGAUAUACAGAAUAUAGAGGAUUUGGUGGUCCCAUCUGCCCUUAAACUCGAUGACUCUGUGACCAGCCUAAAAAAUGGUAUCAAGAGGCGAAUGGAAUCAAGACGGGUGCGUUGCUGAGCUAGGACAGGCUGUCAAAGUCAACAGGGACUGGGAGUGUCCAUGAGAUACUCCAGUUGUGUGAUACUCACAUGGUUGUCACAAGGAAUAAAGGGAGCCAAGAUGUGGCAGUUCCAUGUAGCUUGACAUCAAAUAUUAUCUAGAUUCUGAUGCAUCUGCCAGAGGAAUGUUUUGAGAUUGGGGGGGGUGGUGGUGGUAGAGAACAAUUUUUUUUCCCCCAAAAGUGCCUCAGAGACUUUGGAGCUUCUGGAAAAUUUGCCUCAGAACCUUGAUUUGUCCACACCUGUGAUUAAAGACUCUUGAUCCAUAAACCCUUCCUCAAGCAAGGGAAACCGACUCCCACCAGCGUACUGUCUUUACCUAGAGUUAUACCGAGCGAUUCCUCAGUUGCAGAACAUGAGUUGGGAUGGGGCUGUUGAUUGGAGAGUGGCUAGUUGUCAGUGGAUUUUUAAUCUCUGCAAGCAACAACAUCAUCACCAUUAGCUUCACACUCCAGCUAGUUUGACAGGGACAACGUGGAAGUAGCCCUUCAACUCCUGGUGUCUUAAAUUCAGCUGACUGUCUCUAAGUAGUGUUUACCGUCUCCACUGUGUGUGUGUUUUGUGUGGGGUUUUUUUGUAUGAUGGGUGUAAACCACAAUGGAGCUUGUAAGGCUCCCAGGUUAGUUGUAAGUGGCAUCCUUCCAUUUGGCUCAACAGCUAGAACUGCUUCCUACAGACUAGCAGGCCCUUGGUUCAAAGCCUAGCUGGGAUGACAUGGGACACUUAUUCUCUGAAUCCAACCCAAAUUUGAUCUUCAGUCCUUCAUAUCUGCAUUGGCAGAGCCCAUAACAGGAAAGCCUGCUUGUAAAGGAUGGCCUCAAAGAUUAAUUUAAUGCUGGUUUUCAGUGAACAGAGAAACUGGCAGUGGGGUUAGCAGACUUCCAAGCAUGCUCUAAAUUAACUAAGUCUCUGUUUUCCUUGAUUGGCUUAGAACCAGAGCUCUAUGGGGCCUUUAUUUCCUUUAAGAUGUGCAGUAUAUUGCUAGCAUUUCUCAGAUGAAAGUUGAGCCCUAAGGUGUUCAGUUGUCCCUAGAUGCCCUGGGGAAAUAGCUUCCAGCAGGUCAGUUGCGGAGGAUGACAUUGCUUCUGAUACUGCUAAGGAGAACGGGUUUGGUUUCGUUUUAAAUGGGACUUGGAUACUAUGGUGUCUGUCUCUUUACUUUCUUUGCUCUUGGGGUUCAUGGCUGUGGUGUGAUCUGUAUAACGUGGUUCACUCCUGUCUCUCUUGGCUCCUGUAACGCCCUCAAGAGGGUCACACAAGGAAUAGGAGCCAAGCCGAGUUUCCAGAUGGGCGACAGGAGCGUCUCCAUCACGCAGGCUCUGCGUUGCUGUGAUGAGCUGCCUGCUGGUGGUUUUACACUGUGUGUCUUAAUAUAGAAUAGGUUUCAAUCUGUGGGCAAAUAGUGUUUUAAUAUUUUAGAGCUUCUGUAACAGAAAGCGCUCAAUCUACGUAAA